ACGGUAGGUAGUAAAGAAAAAGGGAAGAAGCCCAAAUAUAUAAUUACUGCGAAUGAAUGAUUUAUGGUGAUGAACUGUCAUAUACCCCUGUAUUGGGAGAGAAUUAGUGUCUUACAGAGGAGAAGAAAACAUGAUGCUAUCAGACGCUAUGGAAGACGAAGACAAAUGGCUAGCAGAAGGGGUCGCUGGAAUUCAACACAACGCUUACUACAUGCAUCGCGCCUUGGAUUCUAACAAUCUCAGAGAAGCCCUAAAAUACUCGGCACAGUUGUUGUCCGAGCUUCGGACUUCGAGAUUAUCUCCUCACAAAUACUACGAGCUCUAUAUGAGAGCAUUUGAUGAGUUGAGAAAGUUGGAAGUGUUCUUUAAGGAAGAAGAGAGACAUGGCUGUUCAGUAGUGGACCUGUAUGAACUUGUCCAACAUGCUGGAAACAUUUUACCUAGACUGUAUCUCCUAUGUACAGUAGGAUCUGUCUACAUAAAAUCAAAAGAAGCUCCUGCUAAAGAUGUUCUUAAAGACCUUGUUGAAAUGUGUCGUGGGGUCCAGCAUCCCAUACGUGGACUCUUCCUUAGAAGUUACCUUGCACAAAUCAGUAGAGAUAAGCUCCCAGACAUUGGCUCUGAAUAUGAAGGAGAUGGUGAUACUGUGAUGGAUGCUGUUGAAUUUGUGCUACAAAACUUUUCAGAAAUGAACAAGCUUUGGGUUCGGAUGGAAGUUCAGGGACCCACAAGGGUGAGAGACAAAAUGGAAAAGGAGAGGAAUGAGCUGCGUGAUCUUGUUGGGAAAAAUCUUCAUGUCCUUAGUCAGAUAGAAGGUAUUGACCUUGAUUUGUACAAAGAAACUGUUCUUCCUAGAGUCUUGGAGCAGGUUGUGAACUGUAAGGAUGAGCUGGCACAAUAUUAUCUUAUGGACUGCUUGAUUCAGGUCUUUCCAGAUGAGUAUCACUUACAGACUCUUGAAACCCUUUUAGGAGCUUGCCCUCAACUUCAGCCUACAGUUGACAUCAAGACAGUGUUAUCCCAACUUAUGGAGAGAUUAUCAAGUUAUGCUGCUUCUAGUCCAGAAGUGUUACCAGAGUUUCUCCAAGUAGAAGCUUUUUCAAAAUUAAGCAGUGCUAUUGGAAAGGUUAUUGAAACUCAAGGUGAUAUGCCAAUUGUUGGAGCCAUUACUUUAUAUGUUUCUCUUCUCACAUUCACUCUUCGUGUUCAUCCUGAUCGACUUGAUUAUGUGGAUCAAGUCCUGGGAUCAUGUGUGAAGAAACUUUCCAACAAACCAAAGCUUGAAGAUAGUAGAGCUACAAAACAAGUUGUUGCACUUUUGAGUGCACCAUUGGAAAAAUACAGUGAUAUUGUUACUUCUUUAACAUUAUCUAAUUAUCCUCGAGUUAUGGAUCACCUUGAUAAUGAAACUAAUAAAAUCAUGGCUAUGGUUAUUAUCCAAAGUAUAAUGACAAAUCAUGCUUACGUGUCCUCUGCUGACAAGGUUGAUGUUCUUUUUGAAUUAAUCAAGGCCUUAUUAAAGAUUUGGAGGCUUGAUGAAGAGGAUUUUAAUGAGGAACAAAAUUCUGUUUCUCGAGUUAUACAUGUGCUGUAUAAUGAUGACCCAGAGGAGAUGCUGAAGAUUAUUUUAACUGUGAGAAAGCAUAUCAUGGCUGGAGGUCCAAAGCGUCUUCCUUUCACAAUUCCUCCUCUUGUUUUUUCAGCUUUAAGGUUGGUUCGUCGAUUACACAAUCAAGAUGGAGAUGUAGCUGGAGAAGAGGAUCCAGCAACACCUAAGAAAAUUUUCCAGCUCCUAAAUCAGACAAUUGAAGCACUUUCAUAUGUUCCAGCACCUGAACUGGCAUUGAGAUUGUACUUACAGUGUGCAGAGGCUGCUAAUGACUGUGAUCUGGAACCAGUUGCAUAUGAGUUUUUCACCCAAGCAUUUGUUUUAUAUGAGGAAGAAAUUGCAGAUUCCAAAGCUCAAGUAACUGCAAUUCAUCUAAUAAUUGGAACCCUUCAAAGGACACAUGUCUUUGGUGUGGAAAACAGGGACACCUUGACACAUAAAGCCACAGGGUAUUCUGCUAAACUUUUGAAAAAGCCAGAUCAGUGCAGAGCUGUGUAUGCAUGUUCACAUCUGUUUUGGGUGGAUGACCAGGAUGGAAUCAAGGAUGGAGAAAGGGUUCUCCUUUGUCUUAAACGUGCGUUAAGGAUUGCAAAUGCUGCACAGCAAAUGGCAAGUGUUGCACGUGGUAACAGUGGGCCCGUGACUCUCUUUGUUGAAAUACUCAACAAGUAUUUGUAUUAUUUUGAGAAAGGGAAUCCACAGAUAACAAGUGCUGCGAUCCAAGGGCUGAUAGAGCUGAUCAAAACCGAAAUGCAAAGUGACACAGCAACACCUGAUCAAAACUCUGAUGCUUUCUUUACUUGUACCUUAAGGUACAUACAGUUCCAGAAACAGAAAGGUGGGGCCAUGGGUGAGAAAUUUGAUACUAUUAAGCUCUGAUCAUCUUUUCUAACCCUAAUUUGUUUUCUUUUUCUUUUUAUAUUUGUAUAAUUUGACACAAAUAUAUAUAUAUAUAUAUAUUUUGUACAUUAUAAUUUGAC